CGUGAGAAUGAUGAAACGACAGUAAUAUAUAAGCACCGAAGCCCUUUCUUCCCACACCAGAGAGCCAAUGUUGCCGCUUUCAGCUCGGCCAUCGAGAACACCCUGACCCCCUACUGUGGUUUCGUGAGAUCUCAAAACCCAGUCCCCCAAAUUUCAUCGCCGAUUUUGAUUCUCAGUCUCUGGUAAAAACCCUAGCAGGGACGUCGAGUAAUCUCCUCCGACCAUGGGAGACUAUAACGACGCGCUGUUGCGCAAUCAAAACGCCGCCGUUCAGGCUCGUACGAAGGCGCAGAACCGGGCCAAUGUCAUGCAACUCAAGCUGAUUGGUCAGAGUCAUCCAACUGGAUUGACGACGAAUCUUUUAAAGCUGUUUGAGCCGCGGCCGCCUCUGGAAUUUAAGCCACCUCCCGAGAAGAGAAAGUGCCCUCCAUAUACAGGUAUGGCGCAGUUUGUUAGUAAAUUUGCUGAGCCUGGAGAUCCUGAAUAUGCUCCACCUGUUCAGAAGGGUGAAACUCCGGUAGAGAGAAGGGCUCGCAUUCACCAGCUACGGCUAGAAGAAGGUGCAAAAAAAGCUGCUGAAGAACUCGAGAAAUAUGACCCAAACAAUGACCCUGAUAUAUCUGGUGAUCCGUACAAGACAUUGUUUGUAGCUCGGCUUAAUUAUGAGACAACUGAGAGCCGAAUCAAAAGGGAGUUUGAUGCUUAUGGGCCAAUCAAGCGGGUGCGUUUGGUCACUGAUAAUGAGUCCAAUAAACCAAGAGGCUAUGCUUUUAUUGAGUAUCUUCAUACGCGUGAUAUGAAAGCUGCAUAUAAGCAAGCUGAUGGGAAGAAGAUUGAUAACCGCAGGGUUCUUGUAGAUGUUGAACGUGGUAGAACAGUCCCAAAUUGGCGACCUCGUAGACUUGGUGGAGGCCUUGGAACAACUAGGGUUGGUGGUGAAGAUGUGAAUCAGAGGAGUUCUGGGAGAGAGCAAGUACAAUCUGGAGGAGCAUCGCGAUCUGAGGAGCCAAGAGUACGGGAUGAUCGAGACCGGGAUAGGGAAAAGUCCCGCGAAAGAGUUAGGGAGAGGGAAAGAGAAAGAGAGAAGUCUCGGGAGCGCUCACAAGAUAGAACCAGAGAUCGUGAGCAUAGAGAAGAUAGGCACCACAGAGACCGCGAUAGAAAUAGAGAUAGGGAGGAGAAGAGAGACCGUGGUCGUGAUCGUGAUCGUGAGCGAACACGGGAUCGUGAGCGUGGUCGUGACCGAGGUCGUGACUAUGACCGUGAUCGUGAAAGAUCUCGUGAUCGCCAUCGGGAGCGAGGUAGGGACAGAGAUCGUGACUAUGAAGCUGAGGAUGUUGACCAUGAUCGUGGGCGCUCUCGUGAUAGAGAUGUUGAGUAUGAUAAGGUUGACUCUAAGCAUGAUCGUGAUCGCCAAGGUGAAAAAGAAAGAAAUUAUGAUCUGGUGGAAGGGGAGGAUAAUCACGGAUGGUAUGAGCAAUCUGAACGUAAGCACAAGCGUGCAGAAGGGGAGCAUGAACAUGGACACUAUGACUACUAUGAUCACUAUAAAGGCAAGGGGCAUGAUAAUGCCGACGUCCAGGGUGAUGAUGACCGCUACAAAGACAAUGAUCGGUAUGACGAUAGGUAUGACCGCAUGGAUGAAGAUAAUUACGGCUAUGAACAAGCAGCAGCUGAGCCACGAGACAAGGAUCGGGGUUACCAGCGAUCAGAUAGGUCACAUUCACGCGAGUAUUAGUCAUUGAGAGUCUAUGAUGGUAUCUGGAUUCUUCUUUUCUUAAAAGAUAAAACAUGUAGUAAGCUGUUACAGUUGUAAUUUUCUCUUGUUUAGUCCAGAUAAUUUUGCCCAGGUUGUUGAAUCCCUUGAUUGAGCUAAACUGGUGUGUUCAUUUGGUGGGGGGUUGGUCUUAUAUACUUUGUGAUGCAGUUUUAAUUUAGUCGUGAAUCUUUGAAUGUUACUAAGCUACGCUAUGCUUUAUAGGUGAAAUUUGGUCUGUAGUUUCGCACUGGUCGUUUUUUGAAUGAAUAUUAUGUGUGUGUGUGUGUUUUUUUUUUUUUUUUGAAAACAAAAUAUGUUCGUUUUGCAAGCUCUUUUGAGUUGCACUGAUGAUGAUUAGGGAUACUUCUAAUCACGCAUGUCACCUAUAACUUGAUUCCAAGAGAAUGGAGCAACGGCAACUGUUUUUCCUGGGUAAUGAGAAAUAGAAAUACACGCUGGACGUUUUCUGAUAUCAAUUCGAU